AUGAGCAAUUUUGGGCAGAUCCUACAGGAGAUUGGCGAGUUUGGCUUAUUUCAGAAGCUUGUUCUGGCUGCAGUGUGCAUCCCUUACAUGUUUGCAGCUUUUGACAUGAUUGGCCAGGUGUUCACGGGAAUGAACUUCCCACAUCACUGUGAUACUGACUGGAUUUUGGCCUGUGGCCCCAAUUUAACACAUGAAAAACAGAAAAAUCUCACCCUACCUGUGAACAAGGAUGGAGAGUUUGAAAGCUGUUUAAUGUUCACACCUGUGGAUUUGGAUUUGGAAACCAUUGAAGCGUAUGGGAUUAACAGCACCACAAAGUGUGUAAACGGAUGGGAUUAUGAGGCACCCAAGGGUGCUUCCACCAUUCUUUCAGAGUUUGAUCUGGUGUGUGACAGAGGUGGUUUGCAUGAAAUGUCACAGUCCAUCUACAUGGCAGGUCUUCUGUUUGGGGCGCUGCUGUUUGGGGCAAUGGCUGACAGGUUUGGUCGACGCUUGGUGGCCCUCCUUUCAGUCUUUCUGCUGCUGAUGUUUGGUGUGGGUGCUGCUUUAUCACCCAACAUCUAUGUUUACAUGGUUCUCCGAUUUGUAAGUGGCUCCGCAGCCUCUGGCAUCUUGAUAAACUCAGUUGUACUAGGGUCAGAGUGGACUGAUUCCUGUCGGGUUGCUCUCUUCAUUUUUGUCACCGUCAGUUUCUUCCCUGUUGGACUGACGAUAAUGUCAGGCGUCGCCUAUUUGAUCCGCAACUGGAGGAUCCUGAAGCUGGUGCUCUUAAGCCCUCUACUCCUGCUCCUGGUGAUCUCCUAUUGGAUUCUCCCAGAGUCAGCUCGCUGGCUUAUGACUCAGGGCAGGAAGGAGGACUUGCAGAGGGAGAUCCAGAGGGCAGCCAGAGUGAAUGGGAGGAAGGUGCCAGAGUGUCUGCUGGAACAGCUGCAGGUUGUUAGUUCACCCAAGAAAGGAAGCAUCUUGGACAUCUUCAGGAUAUCAUAUUUGAGAAAACGUGCUCUCAUAAUGAGCUCUGUCUGGUUCGGAGCAAGUAUGGUUUACUACGGACUGAGCCUGAAUGUUGGUGACUUUGGCCUGGAUAUCUACCUCACACAGUUCAUCUUUGGCGUUGUAGAAAUUGCUUCAUACUUGGUCAGUUUGGCUUCUAUUCAACAUUUUGGGAGGAGAAUAUAUCAAGCAGGAUCCUUACUGAUCUCAGGCUGUGCUUGCCUUGUGAUCCCUGCCAUUCCUAAGGACCUUCCUGUAGUGGUAACAGUCAUAGCAGUACUGGGAAAGUUUGCUGCCAGUGCCUCUUACUCCACAAUCUUUGUUUAUACAGCAGAACUGUAUCCUACUGUUCUAAGACAAAACGGUUUUGGUCUAAACUCCAUGUGUGGUCGUGUGGCGGGCAUCCUCGCCCCUCUGAUCAGACUCCUGGAUGUCUACCAUCACUCCACCCCCAUGCUCUUAUACGGCAUCAUCCCCUUGGCGGCUGGGGUUCUCUGCUUUUUUCUGCCUGAGACCCUCAAUGUUGAACUUCAGGACCAUGCUGAGCCCAUGUGA